CACAUAUACAUACAUAUGUACAUAUUUGCGAAAUCAAAACUCCCACCAAAAGUUUCAGUUCAUUUGUAUCCCGAAUGCUUUUUAAUGAUGCUUUUGCCUUCGGGGCGAUCACAUAGCGAUGUACAUCCAGUAAAUAACACAAAAAAGCCUCAAUUUUCGACAAGAACAUCAUCACCACAAUUGAACAUAAAUUCUGGCAACAAAACAGAAAAUGGCGGCUACGCAUUACCAGAGUCAGUUUCAACACCAACAACAAUGGCUACUACAGCUUCCGAACAGUAUAAAAACUCAUAUUCUGCUCCUAAUUCAGCACUAUCAACACCACCUUCGAACCAUCAAUCAUAUACAAUUCAAAUGGCCAACAAUGGUACAGGAAACGUGCUACUGUCAAAUUCCCCCGGAAGUCAAAGUGAAACCGGAACUGCAACAGCAGGACGUUAUACAAACGGUCCCAAAGUUACAUUCUUGGCCAAUGGCAAUAUUAGCUCAAGCACAGGUGCCUUGACUACGAUGACCUCGGCCUCUCCCGGAAAUUGGGAAGAUAUUGAUCGACAAUUAGAAGCUGUACAAACAAAACUUAAAGAAGGUUGGAGUGCCCAUUUGGGCAAGGAAGGUCGUCUCUAUUACUGCAAUCAUACAACUCAAACAUCAGGAUGGUUGCCAUCCUGUGAGGACUGGAGUAAACAGGAGGAGUUGCCAUAUGGCUGGGAAAGAGCCAUAGAUUCGAAAGGACGUUCUUAUUUCAUCAACCAUCUAAAUAAAACUUCAACAUAUGAAGCGCCCGAAUGCGUAAAGUGGGACGAAAACCCUCCAGAACCUAGGGUCGUGGUCUUACAGCGUAGUUCUACCAUGGGAUUUGGCUUUGUUGCCGGCAGUGAGCGACCUGUAAUCGUUCGAUUUGUUACAGAAGAUGGACCGAGUAUGAAUAAACUUCAGCCGGGAGAUCAGAUUUUAGCUGUAAAUGGUGAAGAUGUAAAGGAUGCUCCAAGAGAUCGUGUAAUACAGUUGGUGAGAGCUUGUGAGACUCAAGUAACUUUAUUAGUAUGUCAACCUGCACAUAAUGUAAUACCGGGACGUAAAUCAACCUUGUUGUCGGCGGGAAAACGUGCAAAACUAAAAACUCGACCAAGCCGAGUACGUUUCGCAGAAAGUGUUUGCGUUAAUGGAGCUCCAUUAUUUCCACCCUCCGCCUUUUCUCUGGGAGAUAUAUGUGUUCCACCUAUGGCGAAUGUUUUAAAGGUAUUUUUGGAAAAUGGUCAAACCAAAUCUUUUAAAUAUGAUGCAACUACUACUGUACAGGAUGUGGUUUCCUCUUUAUUGGACAAGUUAUGUUUUGUAUCUGGUGAAAUAUUUAGUCUUGUGUUGGAACAUGUUAAAAGCCUCAAACGCAAUAAGCUGACAUUACUGGAUCCUGAAGAAUCGUUAGCAAAAAUUGCUUCUCGUCCUGGAGCUCAUAAAUUACGUUGCUUAUUUCGCGUCACUUUCGUACCUAUUUCUGCAGCGGAAUUGGCUCAAAAGGAUCUGAAUUCUUUGGAUUAUUUGUAUCUACAAUGCUGCAAUGAUGUGACUCAAGAACGUUUCGCUCCCGAGCUCCAACCUGAUGUUGCUUUGCGAUUAGCCGCUUUACAUAUGCAUCAACAUGCUUUGGCAAAUAAUGUGUCGGCGUCAAAGCUAACGGUGAAGGUAGUUGAGCGUGAAUUCGGUUUGGAACGUUUCGUGCCUGGCUCACUUUUUGAAGGUAUGAAACGCAAAGAAUUAAGACGAUUAAUUUCACACUUUCUAAAAAUGAAUGCCGAGAUGACAGGCUCAUCAACUAAAAUUUUAACACAGCUCCAGGCCAAAUUGCACUACUUAGACAUUAUUGCAAGCUUACCUAGUUACGGAGCUAAGUGUUUUAGCACGAACCAAAGAGAGGGUGUUGAGAGGGUACUUUUAGUAAGCCCAAGAUUUGGCUUAAGUCAAAUAUCGAGUGCCAGAAAUUCAGUGCCCCAACCAAUAUCUGCUAUAGAAGAUUUUAGCCACAUCAUUGUUCAGAGGGAAGAUGACAUCACAUGUAGUGUCACUAUUUAUAUGCAAGGGGAUCGCUCCGUAAAAUUUUUAAUGGAGGAUCGAGAUGCCUGUGAGUUUUCCUUGUGCUUAGCUGGCUACUAUAGGUUAUUGACGGGCAAAAUUCUCCCAGUCUCACGAGAACGAGAGACAAUUGAUGAAGACAAUGCCCCAUCCUACCUUGCUCAACACACAGUGCUACCAGCGAUUUGGAGUUAUUUAUUACCGUUUCACAAUAGAGCUCAUAGCAUAAAUUUCCUUAUGCCACCGCCAUACCACCCCAGAAAAUUAAAAACACAGCACAGUGGCGAAGCAAGUCAUCUACUGGAGCAACCCGAGAGUAUGAAAAACAAAACACUAAUUAUAUCAGACUGUUCUCAUCUACAUUCAAAUUUGCCUUUGCUCUCUUCAACAGCCAUGGACUUAGAUAUUCAUAGUGUCAUGGCAACUGAACUUUUAGAGGAAGCCAAAGAUUCCGGAAUGAGUGAUAGCAGCGGUGGUGGUAGCAAUUGUGGAGAUCGUGCUAAUAACAACUUAAGCAACAACGCUAAAAUGGAAGCCAAAAAUGAGGAAGUAUUUAGGCGGGUGCAGGAAAUGCAGAAAAUGGUUGAAAACUCUGAACAGUAUUUAAAUGAGCAGGGAGAACUAGUACAGAACUUUAGAUUGACAAAUACUAAUUCAUCUUAUAGUUCAGCUGUGAUGUCCUGGCAAAGCCCAACGAGUGCUUUAAGUUCCUCGAAUGUAAACUCGAGUGGUGUCAUUGAAUUUGAUAGUGAUUGCGAUAGUCUCAACAGCAGUAAAUUAUCUUCGAAUGAAGAAACUCCACAGCAGGGUUCAUUGAAACACAGUGACUCAUUGGUUCUAUUGGCGGAAACAAUAAAUCAUGAUUUAAGUGGUAUAACGCAAGGUUUAAAUUCCAUUGGUGAGCAUACAAUUGAUGUAAGACGAAAAAAACCUACACUCGUAGAUACAUCAAGUCCCAGACCUGAACGAAAAGUAAACGGUUUCAGCCAGUUGUUAAGUAACCUGCAAGCGUUAGGUACAGACUUUUCACAGAGUGAAAGUGAUUCCGAAUCCAUAGCAUCGCCCACAAAUUCACCCACAGCUCGAAGGCCUUCAUUACUGAAUACAAAUGACAAAUCUUCUCGAAAACAAAAUCUAGCAUACCGCUCAAGUUUCGGGCUCCACAGUCCAGACAGUAGUAAUUUCGGUAUGGAAACUAAAGACUAUAAUCUCAAAGAAUAUCUAAAACAACUAAAGGAGAUAAGUAAUGUAGAUGAUUUUAAUCAGGACACAGACGUCGCCGCAAAAAAAUUAUCAGAAAUCUAUGGUUUUGAAAUACGUGAAGAUACUUUCAUUGAGACCGACACCGAUUUAAUAGACUUACGUGCCAUACCACCCCCACAAACGCCAGACGAAUUAGAUGCUCUUUCUUUACUUAAUGCGCCACCAAAAGGAUUUGGUGAUUUUACAAAGAAAACAUUUAACGAUGUAAGACAAGAGCAUGAUUUAGACACAUUUUUGGAAAAAGUGGUUGUGGCUCCGCCUACACAGAAGGCAACCCCCGCAAAAGAAUUAACACCGGAGGAGAUAAUGUCAUUUAUAAUACCUCCGCCUCCCAAUCUAGAUGAGGUUGAUAUCAUUACCCAAAAAGAGGAGUUAGAGUUUACCGAGAGCUUAUACAGCAAUUCAUCUGCAACUAACAGAAAUGCUAAGCCACCAUUGGCGCCAAAACCUAAUGAAGAUUUAAAGAAAAUUGAAAAUAAGGGUCACAUUAUUGAAUAUGCCACCGUAGAAAGAAAAAGUAAAUUUUCCUGCUGUCCCAAAUCGAAAAAAGAAGAAACCACCGAUACAUGUGCAGAAAUUUUAGAAACUCUUAAACCACCCCCUAGAUCACAAUCCUCAGAACAAACAGUGCCUGUAAGACCACCAAAGAGUGCCGAACUAAUGCAGCGUUAUUCACCAAAAAAACUUAACCAAAAUACUUCAUCCUUGCCGCAAAGAAAUGGUUUGCAGACAGAUGUUUCCGAAAGUAAUCCACCUGUGCUGCCACCGCGCACAUCAUUCAGUACUAGUCCACGCGCAGUUUCUGAGGAGGAACGCCAAAAUAUUAAGUCUACGGUGAGUCCCUCAGCCCCAAAGAAACCUCCACUACCUCCAAUAACUGCGAGACCAAUGUUAAGAAAAAGUCCUUUACCUAUGAACUAUCCCGGAGCAAUUGAUAUCUCUUCGCCUCCACCUACGCAACCACGAGUAUUUCCAACCAAUAGCACGGCUGUACAUAGCCCAACAUUAACACCACCAUCACAACCUUCGCCUUCACUACCCAUGCAACAACAGCUCAAUCAGCAUUCCGUUGCAAGUAAUCGCCGAGAUCAACGAUAUCCUUUACCUCCUUAUCCAUUAUUAUCUUCUCCCCAAAUGCAAAGGAAAAUCCACAACACGAGCCCAAUAAGCCAUAUAAGUCUAAAUUCACCGAGAGGUUUCAGUAACAACAGCAAUAAAUUUAUCAUCAAAAAUGGUCAUAUUAUAGACCCAGAAGCUCUGUUGGUAAAAACCGAUGUGGCAAUGGCUGGAUUACUAGUCAAACUAGAUCAAGUUGCUGCACAAUGUACUGCAGCGCAAUCUGCAGGCGGUGGAUCUAGCAUUGAUGAAGAUAAAUUUCAAAAGGCUCGCAACGAAUUAACCGAACAAACAUUAGUAUUAGUAACUGCCUCGAAAUAUUUAGUCGUUGCCAUGUCUGACAUGACACUGUCGUCAUUGCCGGAGCAUCUGACUUCAUGUCUUACUGCCAUAAGGCGCAUAACAGAAUUGGCGCAAGAUAUGACACGACAUACGUCGUCUCCUCUUCAAACACGUAAUAUCGUGCUAAAAGUCCAUGAUGUUGCCUCAUCGUUUCGCGAAUUGGUUGGAGUUCAAAUGGGACCCCUAGGGGCUGGUCAGUUGGCUUUACAAGCUGAAUGUUUAGCCAAUGUUUUGGCUACACUAUUACGAAGUUUAAGAGUGUUUUCUCCUUAAAAUAACUAACCAAAUACUAUUAUCACAUUCUACGAUCAUAUUUCUUUUAUCUCAUUUUCCCAUACAUAUCAUUAUUUUGUAUAUUUAUUGUUAAAUUAUCUAAACAUAUCCUAAAAGGUUUAUAAGUUUUAUUUAUUAUAAAUAUUGUAUAUGUACGUAUGUAUGUAUGAAUGUAUCUAAGUAAAAGCAUAUGUACAUAUACAAAUGUAUAAUAAAACAUGUAUGUAUAACAAUUCGAUUCUAUUAUAAUUUUUCUUUUGUUCCGUUACAGGUUAGGAAAUAAUUUCCUCAAUAACAUUUUAUAACACCAUUAUAUUACACAGAUAUUCUAGAUAUCUAUAAGAAUAUAAAACUUACUCUAACAUUCAACUAUUUACCAUAUAAUACAAAAAAAAAACAAUGAAAUCUUCUCUAAUCACACAUACUUACUACAUACAUUCAUUAAUUUAUUAGACAAUUUUUAGGAGAUUACAUAUUAUAAACAUAGUAUAUACAUACAUAUGACAUAUGUACAAUAUAUAGUACUACAUACAAUACAAACACAUUAUUAGCCAUAUCUAUCUAACUUUAGUUUUGUCCACUUAGAUCUACUGAGAUUUAAAUAUGAUAUCAAAUAUAAUAUUAAAAUAUCAAAGAUCGUUUAAACCAAAUUAAAAUCAAAUUUAAGGAAUCUCAAAAUUUUACCACCUGUUUCCAUAUUUUAAGCGAAUGAAAAUUUUACAAAUGCAUAUUUGCUUUUUGUUACAAUAACAAACACAUGUUGAAUUUUCACUCAAAAUUUUCGCUUGAAAUAUUGAUACUAGAAGUUUAUUUAAUAAAAAAUACCUACAUACAUAAUAAAAUAAUACCACUUUGUUUUUAUCAUCAUCGUUUAUUCAUAAAUCCAUACAACGCCACAUUGAUUUGAUGAUAUUGAAUAUCAGAUACAUAAAUAAGUUCAUUUCCACCAAAAUGUAUAUUUUUUGUCACUUCACGUCACGCACUUUAAUUGAGAAUAUCUUAGGACAAUUCCUUCUGAUUGGUCGCCUCUUUAUACUAUGCAUAGAGCUAUUAAAACUCUACAAAACAAUAUAAACAAUUUAAAAAUAUAAAUAUUUUUUCCCUCGAUAUAUGUAGGUUGUUAAUGGUGCGUGACGUUGUGUGACAAAAGUUGACUUUUCGGUGGAAAUGCCCAUAAGUAUAUUCAUGAUCUCGAUUAUUUGACGCUUUAUUAUGAAUAUUCAGCAAAGUUUAUUACAUUGAUUAUUUUUAAAUGGAUUAAAUUGGAAUGAUGGCAACAGUUUUAUAAUUCUGGACCCAGAAUUAUAUUUUAACCAUCCUGUUUUGGAUAAUAAAUUUUCGAGAUUUUCUAAAUAUGACAUUUUAAAGUCACUAAAACUAGGACAUAUUUUUCAUUUUGAAAUUCGUACAUAUCGUUAUAGGAGAAGCAAAAAAUGUAAUAACGUAAUCAAUUUUUAAAAUUAGUAAUCGCGUUUUUCUUUGAUUUCUUGUUUUUCAAUACCAGUUAUAAAACUUUUUUAAAAUAAUGCCGUUGGUGACUUAUGACGUUUUACUGCUUUAUUGGAGAGACGCAGGUAAUAUGAUCUGUCAAAAUUUGGUGUAGAAGAGUACGGAUGGGAUCGUCUAAACGCAAAUGUAAUGAAACCAUUCGAAUUGAAAUGCAGAAUAGGGGUGAUUCUCUUUUUUGUCAUACGGAUGGAAUUUAAUUUUACUUUUUCAUUAGACUUUACGUACGUAAAGUGUGAUCGUCUAAAGGGCCUUUAAUCUAACGAUAUGUACAUAUGUAUAAACAAAUACUUGAGAUCGUGAAUCCCCUGUUGUAUUAAAAAUAAAAUUUAUAAAAAUAAUUUUAAUGUAUUUAACUAAUAUUUAAUGAUUAAUUCAUUAAACGGUAAUUACAUAAACCGAUUUGAAAAGAAAAACAAAAAAUAUACAAUAUAUGUAUUUGACCAAACUAUAAUCAAAAUUUUAACUUGUGUGUGAUAAUAAGUCAAGUUUAUUAAUAUUAUAUUGAAAAUUAUUUCCUACGUUGUUUCUUUUUUUAUUAUCGCUGGGUAACAUCUCGUAAAAUUAAAUGGGAUGUACAUAUACAUUUUUUAUUUUCUCGCUUUUGGGUGCUAUUUUUUGAAAAACAUUAAAAUUAGUGGUUGGAAUUUUUAAUAAAUUUAUCAGAUUUUUUUAUGGCAUAUAAUUCAUGGACAUUUAUCGAAUACGAUUCAUUUAUAGUCAAAGUUCCCAGCAACAGCACAAAAAAUAUAGGUAACGGGUUUAAUAUUACAUAUUGUAUGUAGGAGAAGAAAUAAGUUAAUGAUGUUCCCACCAAAAAUGGAAAUUUAGUUCAUUAUAAUAUACCGUUUCUCAAAAUUUUUGUCCAGGAAUCAAUAUUUAGUGAGUUGGAUCAAUGGAUAAAAAUAUUAUUUUCGAUUUUUUUAAUAUAUUGCACAAAGGAAUGUUAUUCAAUAUUGAUAUAUUGAUAAAGGUCUCUUUGAGGAGCUUUCCAUGGCAUAUCAGAAAUGUGCUGAUAUGCCAUUUUAAAAUUUUCAAAAAUUUUACGUAUUCUCAAUUUUACAUUAAAUAAAACUAAACAUAAAAUUGAAAAAAUAUAAUUUUUUUAAAAGAAAAAUAAAUUUAAAUAAUUUGUAAUAAAAAUAGCCCAAAACAUAAUAUAAAAGUGUGGAAUCCUGCUUGCGGGUGCAAUUCCAGAAACAUUUAAUGGCAUUUUUUUUAGUUUUAAUUUGUAUAUUUCCAAGUUUUUCUUUUCUAAUUUUUCUUUCAAUGACUAUUCAAGGCAGAAAAUUGAGACUCCCUAGUAAUUAUAUUUCAUGUUUUAUUAUGAGUUAAACUGAAAUAUUUGUACUAUAAGCCAUAAGUACAUAGCCUACACAAGAUUAGGGUAAAAAUGGGCUUUGAAAAAUUAAAACAAAAUACGAAGUAGAUGAAAUUUGAAAAACAGAAAAAAACAUGUGAAAUUAAAUAAGAUUUAAAAUCAUAAAAAUAUCAAAAAUAUUUUUUUUUUAUCUUUUAAUCCAGCUCACCAAAUAUUAAGAUAAAAAAUUUUAUCUUAAUAUAAACUUAAUUUUAAUUUUCGGCGGGUACACUGGAGGCCUGCAUGAUUGGCUCAAACACAUAUUAGUAAUCCACUGCUAUGCACUCAACACGGUUUUCAAAUCAAGUAAAUUAAUAAUUUGUUUAGGUUAAAAAAGUAGACUUUCUCUGGAGUAAAUGGAGGACACUUUUUAAAAUUAGUUCCUAUAGCCGGAAUUCGCUAAAAUUUGGUCUUGUCUUAAGUAUAACUGAUGACAAUAUUAAAUUAUGUUCGAAUAUUCGAAGCAAAAAGUUAUGUUCAAAAAAUUUUAAAACCAUUCCCGAGUCAGAAAAUUUGUCAGUUAAAUUUUAAAGCUUUUAUAAUCUCAAAAUCAUAGGGAUUCACAAAAAUUUGAGUCCAAUUUCGAAUAAAAAAUCGAUUAUUUUAAUAUAUUAAAUAAGUCGCACAUGCAGGUCUCUUAAUAUACUAUGUAUACAUUCUUCCACACCUAAGCAGAUUUAACCAAACACACAUGUUAUAAAUUAUUACAUUUUAGACUUUUUUUAAUAUUUCUAUUAUAACUUGUUAAUUUGUUUUAAUUAAUUUGUAUAUACAUACACACAUGCUUACAUAUCGCUCAUAUGCAUUACUCUAAAAACAUAGUUCGGGUAAAAUCUUUUUGAAAGACAGAGGUUAAUUUCCAUAUAUACAUACAUACAUAUGUGUUGGUUUAUUUGGGUCUCAUUUUAUUCAUUAAUAGAGUCUAAAAAUAACAGGUGUAAAAUUUUACCCAAAUCGGAUAACGGGAACCCGUGCGGAAAUCGAUUGAAAAGUGUAAAAUUGGGUAAAUAAUAGGAUUUUUUUUUUGUUAAUUUUUUUUCUUAACAUUUCAACAAAAUCGUAUCUUCUAGAGAAGAUUAUCUUUCCAACAAGGUAUAAAAUGUUAACAAUUUUCUUUUUUUUUACAAAUAUGUAGCGAAGACGACUAAAUUAAUGCAUAUUUUAUUCGUUUUUUUGUGUAGAUAUUUUUGCAAAAAUAUCACUUCUGCAUGCAAAACAAAGACCAACAAUUCAAAAAGUGCAUUUUUUGAAUAUGCAGCUUGGGAAAUCUUCAAUAAAAUAGUUGUUUGUACUUUGAUAUAAAUGUUUUAUAACUCUUUGGAUAGAUAAUUUUCUCUAAUUAUCUUCUAGAGAUGUACAUAUAUACAUAUGUAUGUAUGUUUCCUAUUUAAAUUUAAAAUAAAUUUAUUCUUGUCAAAUUUUACAUGAAAUCAUAAGUUUUAGAUAGCAAUAAAAAAAUACAUAAUCAUGUCUGUAAAUCGAUUCGCUUUCAAAACCGAGAAGCUUUUAAAACCGAAUUUGGUGUUCUGCAAAUAGAAUUUUUAUUUGAACGUAAAAUUCAGGAAAAUAAACAUAUUUAAAUGAAAAAGAGUUUAAAAUGCCCACAACAUUUAUAUUUAGUUACAAUUGUAUUAAAAAACGCAAAAAAUAAUUACUUAAUUUAUUAGAAUAAAAUUAAAUUCGAUUUACUUUCGACAAGAUUUGUGUAUUCGGUUUUAAAACGAGAACAAUUAUGAGAACUCGUUUUUAAACGAGAAAUUUACUCGGAUUCGGUUUACAGAACAGACAGGAAUAUCAUCGAAAUUUGAGUUAUGUCAGUCAUGUAGAGGACAGGAUGGACUUGAGUGCACCCUGAUAGAGGAUGAUCAAAUGUAUAUGUUAUACAGAAAAUCAUUCUCCCACUGAAGGUAAUUGAUAUUAAAUCUAUAUGAGUUUUUAACACGUCGGAUAUUUUAGCUAAAGAGACUUUUUAAUUAUAAAUGAGCGAUAUGUACGUAUUACAUUAUUAUUAAUUAUUUUUACUACCAGAUUUAAAUUUACAGCAUUGCCUUUUUAAAUUUUGUGAUGUCACUACAAUAUUAUAACACACGAAACUUUUUUUAAUGUUAACACAAUGCACUAAAGCAUUACAAUAUAGGAUGAACAAAUUUAUAAUAUUAGGGUUUUAGAUUGAGACUUUUUUCUAAAACAGCUGCAUACAUUUGGAACUAAAUGGUUCAGAAAACUUGUCAUAUUAUUUUUCUUCGACGGAGAAACUUUUAUAUUUCAAAUAUUUGUCCAAUUCACAACCGAUGUAGUAUCGUUGUACGUCAUAAAAAUUUUUCAAAUAAAAAUUUUGGAAACAAUAACAAAACAAUUUUAAAAAAAAUACGACAUACUACGAUACAGCCAUACAAUACCGAUUGUGAAUUGGACAAUUGUGAUGGGACAAUUUUGUACCAGUCGUAUAUUACAAUAACAAAAUAUAAGUUCGAAUAAUUAUGUUUGAGUGUAUUGUUUUAAUUUUAAAGAAAUUAGCAUUGUAUUUCGCAUCAGUUCAGAAAUAAAAAGUACAUGCAUAUACAUACAUAUAUGUAUGUAUGUAUGUGUGUAUAGCCACUUUUAAAAUAUUUACGAGUUGAUUUAAAUCUGGACCCUUUUAUUUGAUCACAUUAAUUAAGUAAAAAUAUUUAAGUAAAUAUAUUAUUAUAAUUAUACAUAUUAGAAAUAAUAAUAUUAUUAACGGUUUACGCUUUAUGAAUUUAAAAAAUAUUAAUAAAAAGUUAUUUUAAAA